CCCUGCAGCGUCACUCGCCUUUCCUCCUUGGCCACGUACGGCAGUAGCGGCGCCAGUCUCCUGUGGUUUAACAUUUUUGUGAAUUUGUGCGUGGAACCUGUUCGUGUGCGUCGACGCUCACCGCGGAAAGACGUCGAAAGUUUCCCUCGCCGAUUCCUCGAAGCGCCAUGGCCGCCCAGGAUCAGGAGACGCAGGUCGCGAGCCGCAUCCUGCACCGGCUGGACGAGAGCGUCCUGCCGAGCGUCAAGAGGAACGCCGCCAUCGUGAAGGAUUUCGCGGACCUGCUGCAGGGGACCUUCUCGGGCCACGUCCUGCUGCGCGGCGCCACGGUCAUGCACGGCGGCAGCGCCUACGAAAGCCUCUGCGUCAAGAAGGACACGGACUUCGACAUCACGGUGGUCCUCGGGGAUCCCUACGUCGCCAGGAACUUCGAGCUGACACGCGAUACGAGCGGCUUCUUCGCACUGAAAUGGCGCUCCAGCAACCCCUUUCUGUCCGACAAGGCUGGCUUCCUCGACGCCAAGGCCCUCCAGCAGAACCUGUUCGACGCGCUGGGCAAGUGCGUGGGGCAGGUGCGUGUUUCCGGGACGUCGGUGUCUUGGAGGCCGCAGCUUGCGGCUCUGCUGGUGGAGAUCACGACGCAGUGGGGCACCAUCUCCAUGGACCUCGUCCCUGUUAUCGCGGCUCGUAGUUGGGGGCCGUGCCCGGAUCUCGUACCGCUGAGCAGCCUGCCGGCGACCCUGCGGGAGCACGUGGACACGCUCGUCCGCAACUGCUCGCCCGUCUUGUCCUUCAGCGCCGCGGCGCCAGGGAACCACAGCAACGGCCACCGCCUGUGCAACAUUGCCUUCGGGAUGCUCGAGAAGAACUUCCUGCGAGCCAACCCCGAGGUGCGCGACAUGGUGCGUCUGCUCAAGUUCCUGUCGGAGUACCACGGCUGGAAGAAGCUCGGCCUCAAGUCCUUCCACUUAAAGCGAAUGGCGGUCAAGUACAGUGCCGAACUGAAGGACAAGACUCUCUGGCAGGGCUCCAAGAUCCUCCUGCUAAGGACGGCCACGGAGCUGCAGAGCAAGAGCAACAUCGACGGUUUCUUCGUGAGGAACCAGCAUACUUUCGCCAAGAGAGAUUCGGCGGCCGAGCUGAGCCGCGCCCUGCGUUCAGCCUCCGCCUGGGACGCCGCCAUGCUCGCAACCGCCCACCCGCAAUGAGAUCGCCGCCCUUUCCACAAGACGAUUCUGAGGAGACGAUUUUCUUUGUCCAGUUUUGCUGUAAGGAAGGGCAGCUGCUCUCGUGCAUGGCCCGUGUUCUUCAAACUGUGGUAAACUGGCCAUGAAAGUAGCGACAAUACAAUAACGUAAUUUUCAACUAGAAUAACACCAAGGAAGCUCUUGCUAAUACACAGAAGCUUGCCAUUUAAGCCAUCAAAAGAAUGAUUUCGUGUCUGCUGCCAUCCAAAUGUAUUCUUAUUGGUAAUUGAUUAGGAAAAAUAAAGUGAAUUGUAAGGAAAAGAUAAUAAAGCUAAAUUUGCAAAA